UCGGGCACUCUGUCUCAGUUUGCAGCACUCGCACUGAAGGCAGAGGAGCUUGAACAGUUUUGAAGGACAUUAAAAAAAACAACAACACAACAACCCACAGACAGGAGAGCUCACGGCGGGUCCUCUCGAGUUCAGCGCGCAGACCCUCCCGAGCCGGAGACGGAACGCAUCGCUACGAAGAAAAACGGGAAAACUAAAAACACCAUGGAAGACAAAUCUAAUUCGUUCUCCAGCAGCAAGGAGGAGAAGGCGGAUGGGAAUAAUGUUUUUCAGAGGCAAGACUCGAUACAGAAAAAUAACACGGGGAGCCAGAACAUGAAGGAGCACGGCAACUCCGUGGGCUUCAAGGGGGAGCGGGAAGAGGCCAUGGUCGGGUUUGACGAUCUGGAGGGGGCGGCCAGGCAACAUGGUUUUAUGCAGAGGCAAUUUGGGGCCAUGAUGCAGCCCGGAGUCAAUAAGUUCUCCUUGCGUAUGUUCGGCAGUCAGAAAGCCGUGGAGAAAGAGCAAGAGAGGGUUCAAACGGCCGGAUACUGGAUCAUUCAUCCAUAUAGCGAUUUUAGGUUCUACUGGGACUUGAUAAUGCUCAUCAUGAUGAUGGGGAAUCUAAUCAUCAUUCCUGUGGGAAUAACCUUCUUCUCAGAGCAGACUACCACCACCUGGCUGGUCUUCAAUGUGGCCUCAGACACCAUCUUCCUGGUGGACCUGGUCAUGAACUUCAGGACGGGGAUCGUCAACGAGGAGAGCUCCGAGAUCAUCCUCGACCCCAAGGUCAUCAAGAUGAAUUACCUGAAGAGCUGGUUCGUUGUGGACUUCCUCUCCUCCAUUCCAGUGGAUUAUAUCUUUUUAAUAGUAGAGAAAGGCUUUGAUUCCGAGGUAUAUAAAACAGCCCGUGCCCUGCGAAUCGUCCGCUUCACCAAGAUCCUCAGUCUUCUUCGUCUGUUGAGACUGUCCCGACUCAUCAGAUACAUACAUCAGUGGGAGGAGAUUUUCCAUAUGACCUAUGACCUGGCCAGUGCAGUGGUAAGAAUAUUUAAUUUGAUAGGGAUGAUGCUGCUUCUGUGUCACUGGGAUGGCUGUCUCCAGUAUCUGGUGCCUCUCCUCCAAGACUUCCCCCCUGACUGCUGGGUGUCCCUAAAUGGUAUGGUUAACGUUUCCUGGGGUAAGCAGUAUUCCUAUGCCCUCUUCAAAGCCAUGAGCCACAUGCUGUGCAUCGGGUAUGGAGCCAGGGCACCUGUCAGCAUGUCCGACCUGUGGAUCACCAUGCUGAGUAUGAUUGUAGGCGCCACGUGCUACGCCAUGUUUGUGGGCCACGCUACAGCUCUGAUCCAAUCACUAGACUCCUCACGCAGGCAAUACCAAGAGAAGUACAAGCAAGUGGAGCAAUACAUGUCCUUCCACAAGCUUCCAGCAGACAUGCGGCAGAAAAUCCAUGACUACUAUGAACAUCGCUACCAAGGCAAAAUCUUUGAUGAGGACAACAUCCUGAGUGAACUCAACGACCCGCUCAAAGAGGAAAUUGUCAACUUCAACUGCCGUAAGCUUGUGGCCACCAUGCCUUUGUUUGCCAACGCGGACCCCAACUUUGUGACGGGGAUGCUGAGCAAGUUGAAGUUUGAGGUCUUCCAGCCCAACGACUACAUUAUCCGAGAAGGCACCGUCGGGAAGAAGAUGUACUUCAUUCAACAUGGUGUGGCAAGCGUCAUAACCAAGUUCAACAAGGAGAUGAAGCUGACUGAUGGAUCCUACUUUGGAGAGAUCUGUCUGCUUACCAAGGGCAGACGAACUGCGAGUGUGCGUGCAGACACCUACUGUCGACUCUUCUCCCUCUCUGUUGACCACUUCAAUGAGGUGCUUGAAGAGUACCCCAUGAUGCGACGAGCUUUCGAAACGGUUGCCAUUGAUCGAUUGGACCGCAUUGGGAAGAAGAACUCCUUGCUGCUGCAGAAGUUCCAGAAGGAUCUGAACGCCGGCGUUUUCAACACACAGGAGAACGAGAUAUUGAAGCAGAUUAUUCGUCAGGACAGGGAGAUGGUGAUGAUGGUGGAUCGCAAGCAGUCAGUCACCGGGAUGAACUCAACACCAAUGUCAGGAAACUCCAUCAUUAACUCACCAGCCCAACCACCCUUCCCCACUGCCUUUGGCACCAAUCAGCUCCAGCAGUCCUCCGUACCCAUGACCUACAGUGCUUCAGCUAUUGCCAAUGCUUCUGCUGCCCGCAUGCUGCCAGCUGCUGCCGCUGCAGCACAGGGGGUUUACCCUGCUCCCAGUCUUUCCCAUGGCAACCUCAAUUCUUCCUUAACCAACCCACAGACCCCACUCCAGCAGCAAGGAGCGAUCAUGUCGCCCUGCUCCUUCACGGCUGCCAUGUGCAGUCCACCCGUGCAGACCCCUUUGGCUGGUCGGAGCUUCCAGUACGGCUCCCGUACAGCCUCCCAGCUGUCACUUAUCCAGCAGCCCAUUGCCCAACCAUCUCUAUCCACACAGCAACAGCUUGCCCAGCAGCCUGCUGCCUCGACUACAGCCGCCUCCGCAACGCAGCAGCCGUUGCCUCAGCAGCAGCAGGUACCCUCACCUCAGCGGGGAGACAUCCACAAGAGCACACAGGCUCUUCAGUCGGGCAGCUUGAGUCGAGAUGUUAGACACUUAUCGGCCUCCCAACCAUCACUGCCACAUGACACAUCUCUGGGGCCCAGAGCACACCCAGCCUCAGGAGACUCUCUGGCCUCCAUCGUGCCACCAACGGCGGCAGCGAUCCAGGGGAUGAAUCUGCAGAGUGGCAUCCGCACCACAGUGCCCCAGCGGGUCAAUUUAUUCCGCCAGAUGUCAUCAGGAGCGCUGCCACCGGUGCGCUCAGCCGCCGCGGCAGCAGCGGCAGCGGCAGCAGCAUCAUCAUCCUCAACUCAGCACAGGGAAUCCCCCGGAUCUAGGAGAGAUUCUGUCCUGAGCAGUACAGAGACUGAGCAAGACAAAAUGCGUUUUGCAUCAAAUUUAUGAUCCCAUUUUUCCCUUUUCAUUUUUUAAACUUAAAUAUGUUUCAAUUCAUUUUUAAAAGUGGAGAUACAACAAAAGAGAUAAAAGUGAGGAACUUCAGAAUUUUUGUUUCUCUCCAAUUUUCUUCUAAAAUAACCUCAUAGAAAUCCUGUACAUACAAGCCCUUGUAUUAUAUUUUAGACACAUUGUCUCCCUAAACUUAAGAAUGUAUAUUAUACAGAUACAUCUCUCUUUUCUUUUAAGUUAUAUAUAUAUCUAUAUAUAGAUAUCUAUUUAUGGAUAUAUAUAUAUAUGUAUAUAUACUGCUGUAUGUAUGGGUGUGUGACAGUGUGUGCAUGUGACCGCGUGUGUAAAAUCCAACUAGAAUAUUUGGCAAAGGCAGUUUAAAAGCUGUAGUAUAAACAUGAGUCUUCCUUUCUGAGAAAUAUAAAGAAUUAUAUACAAUAUAUGAAGUUUUUUAAUUUUGCUUUUUGCUUUCUGUUUUUUUAACUGGAAUGCAUUGUGGAUUCUGAUGAUGACUAUUUAUUUUUCUUUUUUUUACCACUGAGGAAGAGACAAAUUAUCUUCUCCUAUUAAGCAGCUUUUGGCACCACUGUGGAAUAAUAAAUGCAAGCAACUCUGACAAAUAAUCUCAAAAAGCACACACUCAUAAAAUGAAUCUCAUACUGAAUUUCCUGAACCCUCAUUUCAGAAAUCAACACAGAUACUGUUACGAAGUGUUAUGUUGCUCUUAGCGGCAAAAAUACAGUCUGCUGAGCCACUAUAUCCCCACAGCGGCUCACAUACAAACCAUGACAGUGUUAUGGGUCCAAAGGGAAUAGAUAAUAGAAAUGCUGCUUUCUUUGUUUGUUUCUGAGGAGAAUGGAGUGUGGAGAAAGAUAUGGAUGGAUGCUAUUGUUUUCUAUUUCUAAUUUCAGAUGGCUGAGAUGUUAUGUAAUGUUGCUUAAAAUUCAGUGUAUAUUUAUAAUAUUUAUAAACUAAAGAUUAUCACCAUUAUGCAAUAGACUGUGACAUAAAGAUUACCUAUAUGUGUGCUGUAAAUAGUUUUGUAGAUCUAGUAUUUACAGAUACUGUGUGGUGCAUUCUCUAUCAUAACAAUGUCUUACUUCUAUCAGGAACCUGGAUAUCAUCUAUAUGCGAAAAAGGUUAAGUGACAAAAUACAUACGUUUCAUAAGAGAUAAACAAACCUUAAUGCAAUAGCUAGCACUACUUGAUGCUGAGAAAUGCCUGAUUGGAGGACAUUUAAGAAUCCCUCUCUCUCUGUGUAUACUAUUCAUAGUCCUAGUAUAGUUUUGAUUUCACAUCAAGUGAAAAUAUACAAUAUUUAUCUACAAUACACAACUUUAUUUCGGAGUCAUCCUACUGAGAAUAAAUGUGUCUUUUCUAUUGCCUCAUGUCCUAAAUCUCCUGAGGAUCAUAUUAAGAGUGAUUCUUUGGUUUAUAUUAUGUCAAACCGAUCAUUUUAUGAGAUGUAUUGUUCAAGGACUGAAAUGAGGCUUUUGUUUUUUUUAUUUAUUACACCGUUUCGUAAAACUACAAUUUAAAUUCUAUGCUUGCUUAUCUGCUUCUUGAGUAUAACUGUACUGUACGCUGUCAUAUCACAAUUCCUGUAGUUGAAGAGCCUGGCACGACAUUUUCUACUCUAGACGUCAGGUGUCCAGUCACUCAAGUGUGCAGGGGGACAUUUUCACCGAGAGGUGCUUUUGUGCUGCUGCAAGUCAGAAAAAGAAUUGCUGGUUUGCAUUAAGGUUUCUGUCUCCUGUAAAUCCAUUAUGUGGGCUUAGGUACUCUAAACUGACCUGGACUGAUGUUGAGGCAGGGAAGCAAGGUCAAGCCAGAAUAUUGUGACUCUAUCAAAAAGGAUAAGAGCGAUUUUGAAUAUUUUAAUCUUACAAUAACCAAAGCAUUUGAUGACUCAACUAAAAUAAGCCAGCCAUUACGGCUUACAGGUCAUUUCCCUGCACACAGUAGAUUGGCCUUCUUGCAGUGAGUCAAAUGUGACGAAGUAUUCAACUGUCAGUCAUACAAUUUCUAUUUAGAGUCAUAGUUUUCAUGGCAACCAAAUAUCCCAUCAGUUCAAAGUGACUAAGCCCUCUGAGAUACCGUUUUAAAAGAUUACAAGUCUUCGCUACAGAUUGUGUCGAUAGUGUACCAAUGCAGUCAACCCACCAAUGUCAUGAAAGCAUGCACUGUCACAAAUACUUAAAAAGAUACUAUCUCAAAAAUGUUGACGUUAAAUGUAAUGUUAGAUUAUGUUUUGUUCAUUGUCUGUCUGCCUAGACGUUAUCUGUGUGUGAACAGAAGCAUUGACUUUUCACAUGGACUUUCUUAAGUAUUUGUGCCUAAACUAUAGCCAUGUUCCAUCCUUUGUUAUGAGUGUGAGCUAGGUGCGUACGGGGGGCACUUCUGCACACAACUGCGCAUUCAUUCUUACUAUACUCUCUGUGUUCUAUGUCUCAGUGUUUUUAGACAGGAAAGGAGUAAGCAAUGAUGAUGGCCAAAUGUCUCAGUUUAUCCAAUUGGUAUCUUUACUUACAAUGUGAACUUCUAGAGGCAGGUUUUUUCUAACAUUGUCAGUCAAGCUAUAUAGAAUAUUUAAUGAGGUCCUGUACAGUUUAAAAAAAAGUGCAAUCUUUAGACUUGCAGUAAUAUCACGCUCAAUGAGACAUUGUACAAAUUUGGAGCACCUUUAUACCUUUCUUUGUAGCUAGCCACUGAUGUUUGGAUUGAAUAUUGAUGUGUGGAAGGAAACUGGCCAAAGCAAAACAUUCUAAGUCAUUGUCUUUGUUUUAAAUUGCACUUUCUGAUUUACUAAUAAAAAGGUACAGAUUCUUUCACCUAGGUUAGGUGUUGAAUGAGUUAGUAAGAGAGCAAUACCCCCCCUGAGAAUUUGUGCUGCCCUAAUCCUGUAUGAGGUUCUAAAUGAGGGGGAGUUGCUCUAUUUACAAUGAAGAGCGCUUAAUCGUGAAUAUGCCAUAGUGUAUAGGAACUAGUACACAGUGAAGAUGGAUAGCAGCACUGUUAGUUUGUGCUGUUUUUGAUACUUGCCUUUGGAGGGAGAGCUUCCCAAACUAUGUGCUUUUUUCACUAUACCAAUCACUAACUAACAUACUGGAAUGGGCAUUAAUGGUGAUGUACAACAGAAACUAAUGAGCUUACAUAUUAGCAGUAUAGAGACUCUCAACAAACCAGCACAUAUAUUUGUAUAUUUCUUUUUGUUUGUUGUUUUGUUGGUUUGAGAAAAAAAAAAGAGAUGCAAAAAGCAUUGAGAAUAAUGCCCAGAGAGGACAAACCAAAUGUUUAUUUGGUUCUGAUGACCACAGGUUUCAUAUGUUUACUGAUGAUAUGCGUAGUGGAGAGAGGGGCAGAAGCUACGACGAGCUGCUCAGUCCUCUUAACCCCCACUCACAUGGUCAUUGUUCAGCUCAUUUAUGUAAUCCAAGGCUUAGACUAAAAGAACAGUUGGUUACUUGACACAGAUGAAAGAAAGAUAAAUGUAAACUUUCUUACAACAAUAUGCAGACAAACAGUGUUUGUCAAAAAAUCUUUUUGAUUUUUUUUUGUUUAUUUUGUUUGUAAAUAAUAAACCUUUAAAAUAUAGA